AGAAACAAGCCAGGGGGACGAACUUUUUUUUACCACAGACAUAGCUCACUAUGGGCUACAAGAUGCGCAAAACUCCGGCUGAAAAGCGCUCUGGCACCUGGGAAGGUUCCCUUGUUAGCGGCUUAUAUCUAUAUGUAACCUCUUAUACUUAUAUCUAACCCCUAAUUUCUACAUUUAAACUCUUAUUCCUAUACUUAACCCCUCAGAACUAUAUCUAAUCUCUUGUUUGUAUACCUAACUUGGUAUUCCUAUGCUUGAAUCCUUAUGAUUACGUCUGAUUCCCUACUUCUAUACCUAAACUCUUGUUUCUAUAUUUAACCUCCUAUAAGCAUACAUUUUUAACUAUGCUCUUACCCCUCUGUAGUUACAUGUAUACCAUAAGACAUAUACCUUCAUAGCUGUGUUCUUAUAUCUAUCCCGUCACAUCUAUACCCGUUCGCUUGUAUUUUGAUGUCCAUAUCGUUACCUGUGUACCCUUACAUCAAUACUCUUGAAAGAAUUCCGUUAUAACUAUACUACGGUAAGUAUACGCUCAACUUGACUCUCACUCUUGAUAAGAUCAACAUUGAAGAGAAGUGUCUGAUAGUGUAUUAUAUACUAUACUGAACAAAGUUUUUUGGACGACUUUGUUCUAAGUAUAACUUUCCCAUAACGUUGACUUUUGAGAUGCAGUUUGUAUCAAAAUUACAGACACUGUUUACACUAUGUCCACAGAAAAUUUCUUCCCGAAAUGUUGAGCCAUAGUGGAACCCAACAUAUAACAAUUUGAAAUCAUCACUAAUUGUUGGACGAAAUUCAUUGGGCGAUCUUUUAAAUUAUCUGGUUUCUUUUUGAUAAUUGUUCAAAAGAAGUAUAAGCAUACAAAUAGAAAGAGAGUGUUAUUUUAUGAUACACAGUUGACAAAUUUCAAUGUGAACUCUUUAUUACUUUUAUCUAGUGAGUAAUUUUUCUUUCGAAAUAUCGUAUUGAACACAGCAUCUGACGCUGCAUAAGAUAGUAGAUUAAAUAAAGUUUUCCAAUAAACCUUUUUCAAUUUUGAGAGGUCAUUUUCUGAAAAAUGUGCACUAUGAGACGUUCUUUUAAAUAUGAUAUUCGGAAAGAAAAAUUACGCACCAUAUAAAAGGGAUAAAGAGUUCACAUUGCGCUUUGUCAACUGUGUGUCAUAAAAUAACACCCUCUUUCUAUUUAUUUGGUUACACUUCUUUUGAACAGUUGUGAAAAAGAAACUACAUAAUUUAAAACAUCACCCAAUGAAUUUCGUUCAACAAUAAGUGAUUAUUUCAAAUUGUUAUUUGUCCAGUUCCACUAUGGCUCAACAUUUCGAGACGAAAUUUUUUAUGGACCUAAUGUAAACAGUGUCUGUAAUUUUGAUACAAACCGCAUCUCAAAAGUCAACGUUAUAGAAAAGUUAUAGUUAGAACAAAGGCGUCCAAAAACAUGGUGUUCAGUAUAGUAAGCGAGCAAAGUAGGGCGAGAAAUAGAUAUAAUACCAGCAACUCUCUAUGCCUAAUACUUUAUAAUAGUAAAUUGAGUCUAAUAACUUCCAAUCCUGCUGACUCUUAAUGAUUACAGUGCGUACUGACAGUGAAGGAAAAACGAAACAUCAUUCAAAUCAUACAAUAUCAGAUGAUUUUAACGAAUCAGGUACCAUUUUCAUAUGUUGUCUAAGCAAACUGGUUUACAUGAAACCUUCUGACAUGCAACUGAUAUUAAUGGUUUUGUAUAAAAGCUUUUGCUUGCCGACCACACAGACAAAGGCUUGAAAAAAGCUUUGACAGAAAUUGCUCACGCAAAAGGUUUUGUAGAAAAUAUAUGGAUCAUUUUUCUUUUCUCACAGUACGAAAAUAGUUCGGAAAGAAAAAUAUGGUAUCAUCUUACACUGUACAAAGCUAUGAAGGGUUUCAUAAGAUAACUACGCAAUCUUCCAUUGUAUCAACUACAUACAGUAGAUUUCGUAGAAAAAAAUACGAAACUUUUUUGUAUCGGUCGAAACUAUUGAAGGUUCUCUACAAAUCAUACAGAGUCUCGUAAAGAGGAUACGAAACUUAUUUUUGAUCCUAGAAAUGGUUUUGUAUGAAAGAUACUAAUCUCGCCGAAUUUCUCUGAACCAAAAAAGGUUUGGUUAGGAAAGUACAAAACGAUUUUCAUUUUGCGAAACCUAAAAAAGUGCCAUAUCCAAAUGCGAAACUUGUAAGAUUCAGUAAUAAACCUUUUUUUUAGAGUGUAGGAAAAUAUUUCCGAAUUCAUAUCUGUGGGAUAGAACCUUUUCUUGUUUAGAGUAUGUUAGUGAAGGACAUUCUCGAAAGUUUUACCAAGUUUCCUUCGAAGAAGAAGACGAAUGUCUUAUUCGUAGACAAUGAUGGUGAUGAUUCAUUUUCUUUUUCUCGUUUAUUGUAGUAAUUCCCAGUAUUCCAGCCAAUGUCCAAUGGGCACAGAAUGGGGCGACCGUUGCUGGAGGUCAUGGAGAAGGCGAUGCCACUAAUCAAUUCAACGAACCUGGCGGUCUCUUCGUUGAUGAUGGUCAAACGAUGGUUAUCGCUGACUUCGCGAAUCAUCGUAUCAUCCAAUGGAAGAUUGGUGAUGCGAAUGGACAAGUGAUAGCUGGUGGCAAUGGCAAAGGAAAUGGAUUGGAUCAAUUGUGUUGGCCAAUUGAUGUGUUGAUCGAUAAUGAGACGGAUAGUCUCAUUAUUUGUGAUCUAGGAAAUCGACGAGCCGUACGAUGGUCUCGUUGUAGUGGCAUAACUCAAGGAGAAAUCCUCAUCGACAAUAUCGGUUGUUUCGGAUUAGCCAUGGAUCAUCAGAGAAAUCUCUACGUCUCUGACUUUGGCAAAGAUGAAGUAAGACGAUAUCAAAUAGGAGAUAAGAAUGGAACUCUCGUAGCUGGUGGCCAUGGCCAAGGUGAUGAUCUCAAUCAACUUAAUGUGCCGACCUGUCUUUAUCGAUCAACAUCAGAGUGUCUACGUGUCAGACAGAGACAAUCAUCGUGUGAUGAAAUGGAAUAA